AUGAAUUCUGGAAAAAAGUUUUAUAUACCUGUUCAGCGAUGGUUAGCACGAGAUCAAGAGGACGGGGAAAUCUGUCGAGAAUUUCCUGUUUUAAACGAAGGACAGCCCAUGCUUCCAGUGACAGUAUAUGAAGUGCAUGUGGCAACAGGUGAGCUUUGGAAUGCUGGAACAGUAGCAAAUGUCUACAUUUCUAUCUAUGGGGAAAAGGGAGAUUCAGGAUCCAGACAACUAUUUCGAUCAAAGAGCUCCUUCAGUUUUUUAAGAGGACAAACUGACACCUUCUCCCUAGAAGCUGUGCACCUUGGGGCUCUAUAUAAGAUUGUCAUAGGCCAUGAUGGGCUUGGCCCAGGAAAUGGCUGGUUUCUUGAUGGGGUUGUAAUCAAGGAUCCCACCACAAACCGUGAAUAUGCCUUCUUCUGUCACAGGUGGCUGGAUCAAGGGGAAGAUGAUGGUAAAAUUGCCCGAGAACUGUACGCCAGGGAUAACAGUCUCAUCUUUGUGAGACAGAAGCUAGAACUGAAUAGAAAAGAAACAUGGGCUGCAGAAAGAUGGAAGUUUAUGAAAGGAAAUACUCUUCAAUUCUACAACAGGCUCACUGGAGGGUUUGUCCGUCUGCACCCAGAUGGCACGGUUGAUGCACUUGGAGAGAAGACAGACAAAUAUGGUAAAGUCAUUUGGCAAAGCAGGUGGUGCUGUGGCAGUUUUGCGAACUAG